CCUGAACAUCUCUAUCUUGACUCCCAGACAUAAAGCAUCACCACUGUUCUCCAUCCUCACCAUCAUCAUCAUCUUCAUCAUGAAGGCUCUCCUGAUCAUGUCUGUUUUGCUUGGUUGUGUUCUUGUGGCCACGGCUGAAGAAGUUGGAGCUGCUGAAGCUGCACCACAGGAGCUGCAAGAAGACAACAAGUUGGUAGAAAAUGAAGCUGCAGGUUUCGUUCCUGAAGUUAAAGAAUCUGUGGAAGUUUCUGCUAAAGAGGUGGCCUCACCAGCCCAAGCACGGUUCUUCUCAUGUCCCUCUGGUUGGGUCAGAUACAAGAGUGAUUGCUAUCUGUUUGUGGCCUCCAGCAGAACCUGGACCAGUGCUGUGACCUACUGUGCCAGUUACGGGGCCACCUUGGCUUCAGCCCAUGACGUGUUUGACUACAAUUUCCUGCAGGAUCUCACCAGAACAUCAGGAUAUACUACCGCCUGGAUGGGAGGAUUCUACUUCCAGGGCUGGAGAUGGUUGGACCAGAGUACCUUCAGCUACUCCAACUGGUAUUCACAAAACUCAGUCACUUCUUACCCGUGUAUCUACCUCAACAUCGCAAUUGGCUGGUCCAAUAAUGUGUGCACUGCUGGAUAUCCGUAUAUCUGCGUGAAGAAAACAGACACCUGCUGAACCAUCAAACAUCAGGACUUCACAGUCUCUGGAAUAUGAUGCUUCACAUUUUGAGUGUUUUCAUUUAAACUGUAUUUAGAUUUUAGGAGACAGGACGGGACUCUCCUCCCAACAGUGUCUUUGAUUGAUGCUGUUUAUCGUCAACUAAGGUUGAAGUAACUUUUUGUUGAUUACUUUCCUCUGAAAUCAGAUUUAUAAAGAAGCUGAAUGAUGAUUGUCUUUUUCAUUACUUUUUUUGAUACACCUGUUUUACAGAAACAAAA